AUGAGCGGGAGGAUACUCUCCCACCGACUUGCUCCGCUUGUGCGGACUGGCCUGGCCCGACAUCUUCAUAAUGCUAGCUCCAGGACAGGAGGUUUACUUCGAGCUGAUGGUGGCGCUGGUCUAAGACGACGCGCUUCUUUUGGUUCUAGUGCUAUUCACAACAAUGUUCCGGCAGUUCGGGCAUUUUCAUUUGCUCGGCUACUUCCUAAGCUGGCGCUCAAGCUUGUCCGGGUGCCGGCUAUGUUUGGUGGAGCGACCAUUGCAGGCCUGGCUUAUUUCCAGUACCAAGCAACGCAGGCCGGAAACUAUGCGAUGGACGUGUUGAGGCAGGCGAAGGAUAUGGCGGGGAAUACAGCAUCAGGCAUCUUCGACGGCAUACAGGACGUGGCGGAAAGGACACGAAACGGCUGGGAAAAGACAACGGGUGAUGUAGAAUUUCCAGAAUGGCUACAAAAAAUCCUCCGACUCGACGAAGGUUCCAAAAAUGGUGAUUCUGGCGGCGGUGGAAAGGAACCUAACGAAGCCCGAGGAAUUACGGCGGGAGCGGCUGCAACUGGUGCAGCAUAUGGCUAUGAGAAGUUGGAUGAUGAUUCGAGAGGCGAUAAAGAAAUUGCCAACGACGAUCAGAUGAUGCUCCUUACUAGAAAGAUGAUCGAAAUUCGGAACAUCCUGCAAACUGUCGGCCAGUCUGGGAGCAUCACACUUCCGUCAAUCGUGGUGAUUGGAUCGCAAUCUUCUGGCAAGAGCUCGGUCCUAGAAGCCAUUGUUGGGCACGAGUUCUUGCCCAAGGGUUCUAAUAUGGUCACUCGGCGACCGAUUGAACUAACUCUAGUCAAUACCCCCAACGCUCAGUCAGAGUAUGGUGAAUUCCCGGCUCUCGGACUUGGCAAAAUCACCGACUUUUCGCAAAUCCAGCGUACCCUAACUGAUUUGAAUCUGGCGGUACCAGCGAAAGACUGCGUUUCCGAUGACCCUAUUCAGUUGACCAUCUACUCUCCGAAUGUCCCGGACCUUUCUAUGAUUGACCUCCCGGGAUACAUUCAAGUAGCGGGUCAUGACCAGCCCCUAGAAUUGAAGCAAAAGAUUACUGAUCUCUGUGACAAGUAUAUUCAAGCUCCCAACAUCAUUUUGGCUAUAUCGGCCGCCGAUGUCGAUUUAGCCAAUUCCACUGCCCUCAGGGCUAGUCGUCGAGUGGAUCCUCGUGGAGAACGUACUAUCGGUGUGGUCACUAAAAUGGAUCUCGUCGAUCCUGAGCGAGGCCACGAUGUCUUGACUGACAAGAAAUACCCUCUUAGACUUGGAUACGUCGGAGUUAUCAGCCGAGUCCCCCAGACAAGCGCUCUUUUCUCUCGAGGCUCUGUAAAUAUAACCACUGCCAUCGUCAAGAACGAGAACGCCUUCUUCUCUAAUCAUCCCACCGAGUUUGGCGCUCAAUCUGAGACUUUUGUCGGAGUUUCUACGCUUCGCAAGAAAUUGAUGCAUGUCCUCGAGCAAACCAUGGCAUCUAGCCUCUCGGGAACAAGGGAUGCCAUUGUUCAAGAGCUCGAAGAGGCAUCCUAUGAGUUCAAGGUUCAGUACAACGAUCGGCCUUUGAGUGCUGAAUCUUACUUGGCCGAAAGUCUUGAUGCUUUCAAGCAUUCUUUCAAGGCAUUCGCUGAAUCCUUUGGUCGACCGCAGGUGCGGGAGUUGCUGAAAGCCGAAUUGGACCAGCGUGUUAUGGACAUUCUGGCACAGCGCUAUUGGAACAAACCUGUAGAGGACUUGAACCCGGCCCUCCCAGACCUUGACCCUCUUAAAGACCUACCCAAGGCCGAUCCUGACUCGUUGUAUUGGCGCCGAAAGCUUGACGCUUCUACCUCUUCACUCACGAAGCUUGGAAUUGGCAGACUGGCCACUACUGUUGUUGCCAAUGCUCUCCAUAACCACGUGGAACAGCUCCUCGCAACCUCUACCUUCGCUUCCCAUCCAAGCGCGCACAAGCAGAUUAUUGAGGCUUGCACAAGCAUUCUAAAUGAUCGUUUCUUCAGUACCAGUGAUCAGGUAGAGAACUGCAUUAAACCUUAUAAAUAUGAGAUCGAGGUUGAAGAUCCUGAGUGGUCCAAGGGUAGGGACAGCGUGAGCAAGGUAUUAAAGGAGGAGCUCCGCGCAUGCGAAACAGCGACGAAGCAGGUGGAAGAAGUUAUCGGAAAGCGGAAGCUCAACGAUGUGAUGGCGUUCAUCGACAAGGUCAGGAAGGGUGAGGUUGUCCUCGAGGGCAAUGGAUCUGGUGGUGCUGGUGGCUUCAGUGCUGCCCUUUUGGAGAGAGGUCGGGAAGGUCUUUUCCUUCGUGAUAGAGCCGAUAUAAUCAAAACAAGGCUUUUGGCCGUUCGCUCCAAGCAGUGUGCCUCACAAAAGAAUAAAUACUACUGCCCUGAGGUUUUCCUUGACGUGGUAGCAGACAAACUUACUUCUACGGCGGUUCUCUUCCUGAAUGUUGAACUACUGUCCGAGUUCUAUUACAACUUCCCCCGUGAACUGGACAUGCGUCUCGGUCGUCACCUUUCCGAUGAGGAAGUCGAGCGUUUCGCCCGUGAAGACCCUCGAGUUCGCCGCCAUCUUGAUAUUAUUCGCAAGAAAGAACUUCUCGAGCUGGCCCUUCAGAAAAUAGAAGGUAUCCGCCAGCUAGAUGGCCGCAAGAUGCAUCGCAGCUCAGAUCGCCCGCAACCUGGAAAGGAGACCGGCAGUCGUUGGAAUAUCUUCUGA